CGCUCGGGCCGGCCGCACGUUGUCUCAGGCCGCAUGAGCGCGCCGGCGUGCUAGCGCAGCGUGCGCGGGUGUGGUAUGCCCGCGCGUCGCCGCUAUGGCCCCUAUGUUGGUGGCCUUGGCGCUGCUGGCUUUGCUGCCCGUAUCGGAGCAAGGUCCCCACGAGAAGCGGCUGCUGAACGCUUUGCUCGCAAACUACAACACGCUGGAACGACCAGUCGCGAACGAGAGCGAGCCGCUGGAAGUCAGAUUCGGCCUCACGCUGCAGCAGAUCAUUGAUGUGGACGAGAAGAAUCAACUACUUAUAACCAAUAUAUGGCUGUCGUUGGAGUGGAAUGACUACAACCUGAGGUGGAACGACAGCGACUAUGGCGGGGUCAAGGACCUCAGGAUCACACCCAACAAGCUGUGGAAGCCGGACGUGCUUAUGUACAAUAGUGCUGACGAGGGUUUUGACGGGACAUACCAGACCAACGUGGUGGUCAGAAACAACGGCAGUUGCCUGUACGUGCCACCUGGCAUAUUCAAGAGCACAUGCAAGAUAGACAUCACGUGGUUUCCCUUCGACGACCAACACUGUGAUAUGAAGUUCGGUAGCUGGACAUAUGACGGGAAUCAGUUGGAUCUGGUGCUAAAAGAUGAGGCAGGCGGUGAUCUAUCGGACUUCAUAACAAAUGGGGAGUGGUAUUUAAUAGGAAUGCCAGGCAAAAAGAACACAAUAACUUACGCGUGCUGCCCAGAGCCUUACGUAGAUGUCACGUUCACCAUUAUGAUCAGGAGACGGACGCUGUACUACUUCUUCAACCUCAUCGUCCCCUGCGUGCUGAUCUCAUCCAUGGCUCUCCUCGGUUUCACUUUACCGCCAGACUCUGGAGAAAAACUUACUCUUGGAGUCACUAUUCUUCUCUCGCUGACGGUGUUCCUCAACCUGGUAGCUGAGACCCUGCCACAGGUCUCCGACGCUAUCCCCCUGUUAGGUGUUACAAUCCUCCUGUCACAAACUGUUUUCUCUCUAUUGGUGGGGCACGUCAUCACAAAAACCUCUGAGGCGAUCCCCCUAAUAGGGACAUACUUCAACUGCAUCAUGUUCAUGGUAGCGUCGUCAGUGGUAUUGACAGUCGUGGUACUCAACUAUCAUCACCGGACCGCAGACAUACAUGAGAUGCCGCAGUGGAUAAAAUCAGUGUUCCUGCAAUGGUUACCAUGGAUCCUGCGAAUGUCGAGACCAGGGAAGAAAAUCACAAGAAAGACAAUCAUGAUGAAUACGAGGAUGAGGGAGUUGGAGCUUAAAGAGCGGUCGUCGAAGUCAUUACUGGCCAACGUACUUGACAUAGAUGAUGACUUCAGGCACGCUCCUCCACCUCCUAACAGUACAGCAUCCACUGGGAAUUUAGGGCCAGGGUGCUCAAUAUUCCGCACGGAUUUCCGUCGGUCCUUCGUCCGUCCGUCCACUAUGGAGGAUGUGGGCGGCGGGCUGGCCAGCCACCACAGGGAACUUCAUCUCAUCCUGAGGGAGCUGCAGUUCAUCACUGCAAGGAUGAAGAAAGCAGACGAAGAAGCUGAGCUGAUCAGCGACUGGAAGUUCGCUGCUAUGGUUGUUGAUAGGUUUUGCCUGUUCGUGUUCACACUUUUCACAAUCAUCGCAACAGUGGCUGUCCUGCUAUCGGCACCGCAUAUCAUCGUGCAAUGAACCAACUACUAGGUGCCUCGGGUGUACCGGCACAAGUAUGAGAGAACUAAUUAUUAGUAUGCCGAUUUGUAAUUAUAAUUAAUAAUGUAAUUAAAAUAAAUACGUGUUUGAAGCGCACACGUCUCCUUAAAAGUCUUAAGACAUUAAAUUACGGUAACUUUACAUUAUUAUAGUUAAGUCAAAUGCUAAUGGAAAUUUCAGCCGGAGCUAGGAAUUACAUUAUGAAGGUCGUUCUGUUGUUCGUGUUGUACUAGUGUAUUGUUUGUAGCAAAUAAAAGAAAAUAUAAAGUUUUGUUUCUUCGAAUUUACAAAGCUCCUUGAGCUCAGACUCAAAUUCCCAUUAGUAGUUAUUAAAAAAAAUGUGAUGUUGACUAGGAUGUUAUACAGAUAAAUGUUGACGUGUCUAAUUUGUUAAAAAACAAUAUUAAUAACUUUAUCUAAACGGUUUGUAUAAACGAAAUAUUAAUGAGGGUUAAUUUGAUGGAAAGGAAUGCUUUGCUAGCACAGAGUUGCAUUAAUUUAGAAAAAGACAUCACAAAGGUUUGUCUGGACAUUGGACUCUUUGAAUGAAAAAUGAGGUUUGGUCAAAAAAGUUUGUAAAACAGAAAAGUUUGGUUCUGCGUCUGUGCUGGAAUUAAAAUAAUUGUCUUAAAUUGAAGGAAAAGAAUGUCCUUUGAAAAAUUAAAUUUCAAUCGGUAUCCUUUUUACAUGUAAUGAGGGAACACAGAUGAUGACAAAACCUUAGGGUAUUAAGUAAUGUACAUAAUGGAUCAAAUAUCGGUAGAGUGAAGAAUAGCUUAACGAUUUAAGAUUAUUCCAUUCGAUAUUAAAAUUCGAUUAGCGAAAAUCGCUACGUUUACAUCGUUACAUAUCGAUUUGAAUCGAUAUGUAUUAUAUAAAUUGGGACGUUAGUGGAGAUUGUGAAAGUAAAUAUUGUAAUUAUUAAAUGAAUAUACUACGAAAAUUUAAUCCAGGAAUUGUUAAACAGUCAUGGAAUUGAUAAGAAUUCAACAUUAAAUACGGAACCAAGGAUAGACUAGGUCUAGCAGCACGGGGUUGAAUAAAAAAUAAUUAGAUCCGACCGCGGAAGGUAACAAGUAUUCAGUAGAGAGUUUUUGUUAAUAAACGUAAUAUCAAUUAAACUGAAAACUGUUAAUAUCUCGUAUCGAUAAAUGCUCAUUUAAUAUGAAUUGUGUAAAAUUAUGAAAGUGUUAGUAUAUCGAUAUGAGAAUAAGUCCCUAGCAACAGAAAUAGCAACUGAUAUUAGACGUCGGUUUGUGUUAAUCUAAUGCUUAGAAAAUAUUACAUCGCCGUUAAUAUCACUAACCACCACGUAAUAUGAUAUAUAUAAUGUACAUACAGAAUAAUGCAGUGUGUAUGUAUUUGUAUAUAAAUUUUAGAAAAAAAUCGGAAAAAAGACUAAAAUAUCGCAUUUUUCACUCUAGUAUUUAUAACAACCAGUCUUAUUGGGCAGGAAUAGUACACUAUUACACGUAAGUACUAGAUACUGUCUUUAUAUUGAUAUCAUCUCGAUAAGUCAAGCGUUAUCUGAUUCAUUUCAAACGUAGAUCGAUGGGAGGCGAUCCGAAAUAUUUUCGCGCCCAAUAAGACGGCAGAAUGUCACUUCGACGAAUGUUCAAUUGAAAAACUUUUUUGAUUGAAAUUGAUUGUUAUCGAUUCCAAUUCGUCAUUGUCUACUCAAUUAGAACCUUUUAGCACAUACUGUAGCAUCUAUAUAAUAGUCGUAUUAUUUAAAAAAUAAACAAUUAAAGUCUUUAUCUAUGUCCGUUCCUCGAUUUCACUCUUAUAGAUGUCGUGGUAGCCUAGUGAAUGUUGUGUCCCUUGAUUUAAGCUAAACUUAUAAUGAAAUAACUAUUGUUAAGGAAGCUCAUUAAAACUAGAUAUAAAAUUUACGCGAUCUGAGUGUUUUGCAUAAUUAUUUAAUAUUCUUUUUGAUAUAGAACAACAUGAAAAUGUGUUUACACGAGCAGUUGUAGUAUUUUCUUGGAUUCAUAAUUACGAGUCUUGACGGGCUCAGAAUGAUUGAGUCUCAAGAGAAAAAUACAGCGUGUUCUGAAAUUGUAUUUAUCAGAAUAAUGUAUCAUUAUAACUUAAUUAUGUUAAUGAUUCCUGAGAUUAUGAACGUUGUCGUUUUGCAGAAUUUAUUUCAAACAGUGUGGUGCUGAAUAAUAUCAGGUGUCGACAUUUUCUUUUCGUAUUUAUAAUUGUUAUAAGUAUAAUUUAAAAUUUCAU